UUGAUUGCAGCAGGACGGAAGCCAAACAUCGAAGGGUUGGGACUUGAGAAGAUCGGCGUCAAGGUCGGAAAAAGUGGGAUUGAGGUCAACAAUAAGUUGCAAACCACCGUCAAAAAUAUUUACGCUGCCGGCGAUGUCGUCGGACAUUACCUCUUCACACACGUUGCAGCGUUUCAAGCGAUGCAGAUUGUUCGGAACAUCUUUUUCCCCGGUUCUGGUGCGAUAAAUUAUUCCGUCGUCCCUUGGACAACCUUCUGCGAUCCAGAGGUCGCUCGGUGCGGCUUGACCGAAGCAGAGGCUCGUGAAAAACACGGAGAUGUCGAUGUUUUCAGGGUGGAUUUACACGACGUCGAUCGGGCUGUCGCCGAGGGAGAGACAAAAGGGUUUAUCAAAGUCGUUGCGACUCGCUGGAAGGGAAAAAUCUUAGGCGUCCACCUAGUGGGACCAAAUGCGGGAGAGGUUAUCCACGAGUUUGUUUUGGCGAUGAGUGCGGGCAUCCCCUUACGGAAGUUGGCAGGAAUCAUCCACGUUUAUCCGACGUUUUCGAGCAUCGUUUGGCGCGUUGCCGGAAAGUGGCUUGCCGAAGGCACCCUGAUCCAAACGCUACGCGGUAUAUUCAGGAAAGGGAAUUAA